GUCGAAAUUAAUUUUUGUGGUAAUCAACAUUAUGACACAAAUGCUGUCUAUUGAACCCGGAACAUUCCUUUAAAGAUGUUAACUACACAGUCUUGUACCUUUGUGAUUUUCAAAUACUUUUAUGCUUCAAAUCAAAGUUUGUAAUGUUUUGAUUCACCUCAGAGCUGGUUGGUUUAUCUUGGAGAAAGUGGGCGGGCACUGUUGUGCUCUAUUAAGGGGAGGGGCGUUCUCAUUACAGAGAGCAUUUGAUUGGAUACAAAUUUGGAUAGGCCUGUGAGUGCAAGAUGAGUCAUCAAUAUUUUUGGUCCGUUUUCCUGGAAGAGAAAUUGAACGUUUAAAUGCAUAUAUCUGUUAAAAGUACAUUUUGUGCUUUUUUUAAAGAAAAGGAGGGAUGAGUCGAAAUUAAUUUUUGUGGUAAUCAACAUGCUGUCGAUUGAGAUGAACUUAAAAUGAACCCGGAAUAUUCCUUUAAUGUGUAGGUAAUUGUACUAUUAGCUAUAUAAUUGACCUAAUUGACCCUCAACAAGGGUCCUUUUAUUGCAAAAGAGUUUUUAUGAAAUUACAAACGGACAUCUGUUUCAUUGAGUCACAGGUAGCAAAAUUGGGGAUCUAAGAAACUUUAAACAUUUUCUCCAGCAUCCAGUUAGCUUGCUUUUUCUAAAACUACAUUCUAUGCAUAGAAAAUCAAAACAGUUUGGCUAGCUGUUGUAUCAUUCAUGGAAAAACAGAAAGGAAGAAAAUGUGGUUGCAUUUUGUGUUGGACUUUCAAACCAUGUGGCGUAAUUUCUCAGUAAUGUUGCUAAUACAAGUGUAGCAGUUGGUGCUUUUAUCCUAAGUUUAAAAUUUCUAUCAAAAGCAUUUCAGGAGUAUUUCGCUGGUCAUCCAGUUGGUCCAGUCAGCAGAAGUGAUAAGUUCUUUUCUCUUCAUAAAGUGUGAAAAAAAAAAAGCAUCCAGACCAAGUCAAAAUCUUGUCAUAACUUAAGUAACACGGGAAAUGUGUCGCGGUUUUGGCUGCUAAAGCUUGGGUUAAGUCACGUUUUCACCUCUAUCUGGUGAUCUAUCUGGUACCAACUGGAACACAGUCAAGACUUGUUUUUUGCUGUUGCCUUUCAUUUUAAGAGGGGUUUUGCUGAACACAAACAUACAGGACAGAAUUAUAAGAAUAAGCCCCAAAUUAGUAUCACUUUUCACCCCCAUGCAUAUUUCAUCAUGCUUACCAGAAAAAUGAUAAAUGAGAUCUCAGUUGUGUCUCCAAGACAGCAAUGAGAAUAAAUGGACAGCAAAAUGAGAUCUUAGGUGUUUCUCCUGAAAAAGAAUCCAGUAAUCUCACCUGUGUCUCAUCUAGAGUUUCUAAAGUCUCAAACUGUGCUCAGAUUUGCCAAGAUACUGAAGUCAGCGAACAUUUCUCAUCAAUCUCUCCCAAGAAGAUCAAAUGAUCUGAGCUGUGCUAUCCACAUUCAUUUUAAAGCUAUAUACUCUUGUCAACAAUCUAUUUUUAUCUUAUGUAUUUUUUGAGAAUCAUCUGAGACAAUGUAGAUACCUCAAUGAAACAUGACAGAGCUCUGCUGAGCCGCACAGACAGUAAAUACUGCCAUCAUCAUCAUCAUCAUCAUCAUCAUCAGUAGAGUGCGCCAGAGAGCUGCAUGAAUAAAGUUGGCAGCGUGUUAUAUGCCCACAGUCAGAUCUCACUCACCCCUCAUCCUGCACCAGGAGAACACGAGCAGCUCUAACUUUUCAAUCUGUUCUUAUCGCUGCAAUUGAUUCUUCCAAAUCUACAUGCAAGACUCUUUUCAAAGUGAGUCUGUGGAGUUAAUGAAGAUGAAACUGUGAUGCUGAGAAGACGCUUUUGUGCGCGACAGUGAAUUUAAGGAAGAUCGAAUCAUUAAAGCAUCAUUAAAGGAACCGGUUCGGCCCUGUCAGGUGUCCGGGGUAAGUGUGCCUCACCUUCUGUGGAAAUGCCCGGGGAAGGAUCCGGUUCUGCGCUGUCCUCACACGGAGAUGUGGACGACGGGAAAGUUUCACCGAUCAUUUGUGAAGAUGAGCUGCUCAGCACCGGUCGGUACAUAUUAGAUGGACUCGGUUCGAAUCGAUAUAUCAUGAUGGGCGCAUCCCAACAAACACAGGACAAUUCCAACCCGUGCUCCUUGUUUCCCUGCACGAGUCAGACUGGAUCCAUGUGCGCCGGUUCGGAUGGAUCGAGGUACGCGACGUCGCUCCAUUACGGUUCGGUUCUGCCGUCCACGGGAUUCUGUCAGUCUCUGUGUGCAGGACGCAAUGAGUUCGGCACAGGUUAUCAGUUUGGACACGGUUCUGGAAACACUUACCGCUCGUAUCACGGUACCGGGUCUCUGUCUGGAGCGGGACUGAGAGCGCAGGUGUAUCUCUGCAACCGGCCGCUGUGGCUCAAAUUUCACCGGCACCAAACAGAAAUGAUCAUCACCAAACAGGGCAGGCGGAUGUUCCCAUUUCUAAGUUUCAAUAUAACCGGAUUAAGCCUGAUAUCCCAUUAUAAUGUGUUUGUGGAGAUUGUUCUAGCCGACCCGAACCACUGGAGAUUUCAAGGCGGUAAAUGGGUCACCUGUGGGAAAGCCGACAAUAAUAUGCAAGGAAAUAAGAUUUACGUUCACCCCGAAUCACCGAACACUGGCGCUCACUGGAUGAGACAAGAAAUUACUUUCGGUAAACUCAAACUAACGAACAACAAGGCAGCAAAUACUAAUAAUGCACAGCAGAUGAUUGUCCUUCAGUCUCUACACAAGUACCAACCGAGGCUUCAUAUUGUUGAAGUAUCAGAUGAUGGCAUUGAAAGCACAGGAAGAGAUCCUAAGACUCAGAUCUUCACAUUUCCCGAGAACCAGUUCAUCGCCGUCACAGCAUAUCAAAAUACCGAUAUCACUCAGCUCAAGAUUGACCACAAUCCUUUUGCGAAGGGUUUUAGAGAUAAUUAUGAUUUGAUUUAUACUGUUCCAGAGCGUGAAAGACUUACACCAUCGCCAACAGAUUCACCUCGCACACAACAGAUUGUAUCGAGCACACACUACACCAUGCAACCAUUCCUGCAGGAUCAGUUUGUCAACAAUCUGACUCCAAGUCGCCUUUACAACAGUGAACGGACAGUGCCGCAAACAAACGGCAUGUUAUCUCCUCAGGACGAUGAUGCUGGUGCCACACAGAGGUGGCUGUUGACUUCUGUCCAACAAACUAAUGCCAACAAGUUAGAACUGACCGCAUAUGAGGGUGAUUAUUCCAGCUCCUUGCUGCCGUACAGUUUCAAAUCUUUACCUCUGCAGAGCCCUCACUCUCUUGGCUACUAUUCAGACUCUGCUUUUGCAUCUGUGACUGCAGGAUGGGGGUCAAGAGGCUCCUACCCGAGAAAAAUGACCUCUGGCUUGCCAUGGUCACCCAGGCCAAGUCCCACUGAUUUCAUUGAUGAACAAACACCUGACAAAGACAAAUCCAGAGAGGAAAGUGCAUUUAUUCCAACUGCAGCCUGGAUGGAGACCGCACCAUCUUUGAAACCUUUGGACUCUGUAGAACCAAGUAUUUACUCGGUUGUAUGUAAAAGGAGGAGAAUUUCUCACGGCGAGUCCGGAAACGAGAACUCCCCAACAAUCAAGUGUGAAGACUCAAUAGCUUCAGAAAACAUUAACAAGGACAAUUCGUCCUCCGCCAGGGGUGUUGGCUAUUAUGCGUUCUAUGCCAGUGCCUAAAGUGACUUCAGAGAGUCAUUAAUUGGCUUUUCUUAUGCUCCAUUAUAGAGCUUCUGUACACUGUAUAUUGUCUGUAAUUUUGAUAUUCUAAUCUCUAGAUGUGCUGAGGUAUUUCAAAUGUAAUCCCCAAUGAUUUGAUAGUGAAUUGUGGAUCUUCAAAUCUGAGUUCAUCAAUAAAAGCUCACCCAGAA